AUGGACCCAAAUUACUCUGGGGAGGCCUCCCUCAGUGGUUACAACACACCGAUGUCACCAACUACAGAGUUGGCCAUCAGAAAACGCAAGCGAUCCGAAACCUCUCUAUCCGAAUCUCAGGCCAUUGGGGCACUCGUCCCAGUGGCAGACGACGCCAUGGACUCUGAGGCUUCUUCGUCGCGCUUCUCUAUCAGGUCCGGUUUAAAGCGGGAUCCCACUUAUUAUUUCGAAGAUGGAAGUUGUGUUUUAUUGGUUCAGGAUACAUUAUUCAAUGGGAGUCCAUGUCCUGUAUAG